GUGAUCCCCUUGAUGUAUCAACUAAUGAAGGAAGAGAAAUGAGUAAGAAGAAAGAUCAAGAGCGUGACAUCGGUUGGGAUCAUGGCGAGAUGCUCUCAGCUCGGCAUCAUUAGAGAUGCAAAUGGUGCAACACAAAGUUCAAGGGAGGAGGAGUGACUAGGUUGAAGCAGCAUCUGACUGGUGGUUAUCCUGAUGUGUCCAUGUGUCGGAAAUGUCCGCAAGAGGUCCGACAAUUGAUGAAAAAGCACUUUGUUGAUUCGAAAGCAGCGAAGGAAAGGGCAAAGCAGAAAAAGACCAAAGUAGACCGUCGAGCUGCAGGGCCACCUUCUUAUCACUCUAGAGAGUCAGAGGAGGCUUCUGCUCCAGAUGAUGAGGAGACACAAAUUGAGGCUGUCAUUCAUGCGAGCUUGGCGGAUCAGUACCAGCAGGAGGAGAUGGCCCGGUACAGAGAUCGAUUCGGACCAUCAUACUACAAAUCAGGAUCUGGAUCAGCGAUUGGUAGGGGAGAAUUCGAGUUCAGGAGGACUACCUCAGUCAGAGAGCCUGGUGGUAGAGGGAGCAGACGCAGCAUAUCUUCUUUGUUGGGAGCUUUUGGCCGUAGGAGGAGGUCCUCCAGAGAUAUUCCAGCAGGAGCCAGCAUUCAGGAUUUGGAUCCACAUGCUUUGUCCAGCAAGGAUUCAAAGCAGCAGAGAAUUGACAGUAUGCUGAAAAAAGAUAAGAAGGAUAUGUGGCGAGCUAUUAGAUUAUGGUUUCAUUUCAGCCAUAUUCCAGCAAAUGCAGCAGUCAAUCCUUACUAUCGAUCUGCUAUUUCAGCCAUAGAGGCUGCCAGCCAGGGUGUAGAUCCUCCAGGACCUAAGGACAUCUAUGGUCAGCUUUUUGACAGCAAUAAGGAGGAUCUGCAGAGAUGGAUUGCUUCUUACAAAAAUAAAUGGCCUACAUACGGUCUGACAGUGAUGUGUGAUGGUUGGACAGGUCCUACUAGGCGGAGCAUCAUUAAUUUUUUGACAUACUGUGAUGGAAAAAUAUUUUUUCACAAAUCAAUCGAUGCUUCAAAUAAGAUGCACGAUGCCACAUAUAUCCUUGAUCUGAUGGAGGAGGUGAUUGAUUCAGUGGGUGAGCAGCAUGUCGUGCAGGUCAUCACAGAUAAUGGACCAUAAUAUAAGGCUGUCGGGGAGUUACUGAUGGAGCAGCGACCGCAAAUAUGCUAGAUUCCAUGUGCUGCACAUUGCAUUGAUCUUAUAUUGAUGGAUAUCGGAAAGAUUCGCAGGGUGCAGCAGGUAGUGGACAUUGC